AUGGGCUGUUGGCAGCCCCUUGGCGACAACCAUUCAGACCAGGGCGCUGGCUCCCAGCCAGCCUCGCGCCUGCCCCUCGCACUGGGCCUCAUUGUGUCCAGGUGGCAAAUGCCUUCUCGCCAACUCUCCUUCGAGGUUUGGAGAGGGGUCCCCCUCCCUCCGCCCUCGCCGUUGUCCAACCCCUUCGCCGGGGCUCGCGCAGCAGCGCGCACACCUCUCCGCCAGUGUGCGCGUUCUGUACUUGCCUGCCCGAAAACAUGUCGCAGGCGCCCGAAAGCGGAAAUAAUCCCCAUCCCUCAGGCCAAGGGGUAGAAAAGUGGCAGCCAUGAUGGUGAGACCCAGUCCUGACUUCCUCGCAGGAGACCCGAGUCCUGCAGGAUGCAGGAGAGCCCCAUGGAGGACCUUCAUGCCGUGAGGGUGGAAAGAGCUGCGGAGCCCUCCCUCACUUCGAAAGGUGCAACCUUGGCAGCCAAAGCCUUGGCAGGGUGCAAGGGCUACCGCCUUCUGUAUCGGACGGUGGCCGAGUUGGUGCAGUUUCUGGUGGUGAAGGACAAGAAGAGCCCCAUCACACGCUCCGAGACGGUGAAAUACGUGAUUGGAGACUUAAAGGAUCUGUUACCCGAGAUCAUCGCAAGGGCCGCAGAGCAUCUGCGGUAUGUGUUUGGGUUGGAGCUGCAACAGGUUGACCGCAAGCACCACAUAAACCUGAUUAACAGGCUAAAACCUCUUGAGGAGGAGGAGGACCUGGGAGGCGAUGGUCCUAGAUUUGGGCUCUUGAUCUUGGGCCUUAUCUACAUGAAAGGUAAUAGCACCAGGGAGACCCAAGUCUGGGACAUACUGCGUCGGUUAGGGGUCCCCUCAAAGUAUCAUUUCCUCUUUGAUUACCCCAAGAAGGUUGUUAUGGAAUUUUUCAUGCAGUAGCGAUACCUCAGUUACAGGCGGGUGUCUCACAUCAGUCCACUGGAGUAUGAAUUCUUUUGGGGUCCCUGAAGCAGCCUGGAAACCAGCAAGAUGAACGCUGGAUUUGUGGCCAAGCUCCAAGAACCCCAGUACUGGCCAGUGCAUUACCAGAAGGCCCUGGCAGAUGAGGCCAACAACAGAGCUGAGGCCAGUGUGAGGGUUAGGGCCGGCAGCCAUCUCUUGUGA